AUGACGGACGCCAUUGAGCCUGGUAUGGUUCGCGCAUUCACCGUUCAUAUCGAGGACUCUCAGAUCGAAGAUCUUAAACUGCGUCUUCGCGAAGCUCGAAUUCCUCAGCAAAUCGCAGGUGCAAAAUGGACAAUGGGCACUGAGCAAAUGCAUCUUGAAAAGACUGCGAAACGAUGGGCUGAAGACUACGAUUGGAGAAAAUGGGAAAAGAUCAUCAACAAACACAACCAUUUCAAAUGUCUUAUUGAUGAUAUCGAUGUGCAUUUCAUUCAUGCCAGGUCGAACAGGCCUGAUGCUGUUCCUAUAUUAUGUCAACAUGGAUGGCCCGGUUCCUUUUUAGAGUUCUAUAAGUGCAUUGACCUGCUGGCCAAUCCAGGAAAUCCCGCAGAUCCAGCAUUUCAUGUCGUCGUUCCCUCACUACCCGGCUUUGGAUUCAGCUCUGCACCCAGAAAGAAAGGAUUCCAGGUCCCGCAAACAGCUACCAUACUUGACAAGCUGAUGACGAUACUAAAGUAUCCAAAGUAUUUUGUUCAGGGAGGUGACUGGGGAGCCCCUACAGUGCGAACAAUGGCUGCUCUCUUUCCGCAUCGAGUGGCUGGACUGCAUCUGAAUAUGAUUCACGGCAAGCCUGAUACUGGAGUGUUGGCCAGCUUGAAGAAUCUGGCAGUACAAGCUGCACCGAGCCUGUUUCUGUCCGCUGAACGAAGGAAAGAAAUCGCUUUAGACGCUCUAUGGUCUGAACGUGAGACUGGCUACUACAAGAUUCAGGAAACCAAACCUCAAACUGUAUCUUACGGAUUGUCUGAUAGCCCUGUUGGGCUCUUGGCAUGGAUUAACGAAAAGAUGCGAGCUGGGCCAGAUUUGGAUAUUGACGAGGUUUUGACCAACGUUUCGAUAUAUUGGUUUACCAAUUCUAUUGCGUCCUCUGUACGGAUAUAUAAGGAGGCUCCUUCUAUAAGGGACAUCUUUAUAUCGAGCUAUGUUAGUGUGCCGACAGGAGCCGCUAUAUUCCCUGAUGAGAUUGUUCAUACGCUAGAGGAGGACGCUCGUCGAAACCACAACCUUGUUCAUUGGAGCAUCAUGGCCAAAGGUGGUCACUUUGCAGCAUUCACACAACCUGUAGCUCUCGUAAACGAUAUCCGUGUCUUUGUACGAAAAGUACGCAAACUGAGAGAGUAUAGACUCUAA